AUGGCCUUGGAAUCCCCAACGGCCUCUGCAUCACUUUCUACAUCAGUUGAAUCAUCGGCUCCACGGUGGAAGUAUGAGGUGUUUUUGAGUUUCAGUGGUACAGACACUCGGCGGGGUUUUACUUAUUAUUUAUACAAUGAAUUGCAAAACAGAGAAAUCAAGACAUUCAUGGAUGUCGACCCAACUAGUUUGGAUAGAGGAGAGGGGAUUUCUCAAAGUAUCCUAGAGGCCAUUCAAGAAUCAAGAUUUGCAAUCGUUGUUCUCUCGCAAAAUUAUGCUUCUUCCAGUUGGUGUUUGGAUGAACUCACACAGAUUAUGCAGUGCAUGGAAAAUAAGGAAACAAUUCUGCCAGUUUUCUAUCAUGUGGAUCCCUCUGAUGUGCGCCAUCAAAGGGGGAGUUUUGGAGCGGCCUUCGCUGCACAUGAAGCGCGGUUUAAAGAUCAAAAAGAGAGGCUGAUGAAAUGGAGAGACGCCUUGAACAAAAUCGGCAGCAUCUUUGGCUGGGCAUGUGGGAGUGGGAGUUCUGAGUAA